GCCGUUUUGGGGACGUUGGUGUCAAUCCGAGAGAGAGUGGCGGUCAAGGCUGCUAUUUGCUCGGCGAGAGAAGGAUUGGUCGAAGUGGUGGCGGUUGAGGUAGUGGCUCUCGGUUGGCAGCGAGGACGAGGCUGUGGGAACGUAGCUUCAUCGGUUCCCGGGUGGAAGGAAGACUCGUUAAUCUCCCAAUGCUUCGUCCCUUUGCAUUUCGGCCCGACGUCCGUCUUGAUGUGGUACUCAUCAAGGAUCGCCAUGACGAAAAGAGCAUAGGGGAGCGGCCGGUUGUCGGAGGUGGCGUUGAACAUGUGGAUCAUCACAAGUUUACACCAAUUGAUAUUGGCGUUGUGAAUCAUCGCAUGGAUCGUCUUCAUGUGUUCUUGGGAGAGAGUGGUGUGGUUGAACUUCCUGGGCUUGAGGAUCCGUGUCAACACAUAGAAGAUGAAUCGAAACACGGAACUCAUGGAAGCAAUCGUAGGGCGCCGCUGUUGGGGAGUGGGGACAAAGUGUCGGAUGCCCACUUCCUCCAAGAGGGCGGUCUCGUUGAACCGCGCUCCUUCUUCUCCGACGUAGAGCCCGAGAUCCUGUCCGUCCGGACGAAGCCCUGUGAGAAUUUGAAUGUUUUCCUCAUUCAAAUAGAUGUCCACCCCGUUGACAUUAGAGAUCAACGCUCCGUCCUCAUCCUUUUUCAAGUUCGAGUAGAAAGCUCGAACAAGAAAGGGGUGAUAAUUGACAUUCUUGAUGUAGAGGAGGUUGAGGAAGUUUCCACGUUCAAGGAUGACCCGUGCCUCUCAUGGAAUGGAAUCGUGAAUGAAGCGUGCGGUGGAGAACCGGGGAGGGAGAAUUUCCCGGUGCUCAAACUUCUCCGAGAACCUCGCAGCCUCUUCGUGGUCGUUGAACCAAAGGAACGACCCGUCAAGAUACUUGUGCGCCGGUGGUGGAGGAGCCGAGGAGGAGGCAACGUUCUUUCCGGUGCGGGAGCGCUUUCUUUGUCCGCCUGCCAUUUGAUCAAGAGAAAGAAAGAACGGCAUCGUGGUGGAUUGCCCUUCUCCUAAACCUGCGUAUAAGUUUUGAGUAGAAGCCAUUGAUCGUUUCUCUCAAACGGUUAAGUCUUUCAGAGAGAUGAAGACAAAUUUUUCAGAGACACAGGGUGAUAGUCGAUUGUCAAAGCUUGAUAAUCGAUUAUCCAAAGAUUCCCUGUCCAAAAAUUUAAAAUUCUAUCCGUUGGAGGACAACGGUAACCCAGAUAAUCGAUUGUCAACAAGUGAUAAUCGAUUAUUGGUCCUCUCAGAAGAUUCUGGGUUUUGGCUGCAAAGACUGAUAAUCGAUUAUUGCAUAGCUGAUAAGCGAUUA